UUACAUCACACAUGACAACAACGACCGCCGGAGGAAGCGAUGGCUUCAGAAGAUGAAAUUAGUCUUCUGGUCAUUGUGGUGGAUGUCAACCCAAUUUGGUGGGGUCAACAGGCACAGAGAGAACCUGAGUUCACCCUCUCAAAAUGCCUGGAUGCUGUGAUGGUCAUGGCAAACUCUCACUUGGUGAUGACCAGAACUAACAAGCUGGCCAUCAUUGCUAGCCACUGUCAGGAGAGUCACUUCUUAUACCCCAGCAAGCACUGGAAAGCAGGUGAUAUCGCUGGAGAUGAUGCAUCAUCUGGUAGUGGGGAUGGCAAAUAUGAGCUCCUAUCAGUGGCAAAUGACCUCAUUGCUGAAGAAAUCAGGAAUCUCAUGGCCAGAACACAGGUGAAAGGUCACCAGACAGACACCUUAUUGGCUGGAUCCCUUGCCAAAGCUCUUUGCUAUAUUCAUCGGAUCUCCAAAGAAUUGGAUGCUGGGCAAGACAUGAAAUCAAGGAUAUUGGUGGUGAAAGCGGCUGAGGAUUGUGCUCUGCAGUACAUGAACUUUAUGAAUGUAAUUUUUGCUGCACAGAAACAGAAUGUCCUGAUUGAUGCAUGUGUGUUGGACUCUGACUCAGGCCUUUUGCAGCAGGCUUGUGACAUAACGGGAGGCUUGUACCUGAGGAUACCGCAGAAGACCGCUCUAGUGCAGUACUUAUUGUGGGUGUUUCUGCCAGAUGCAGACCAGCGUUCACAGCUAGUUCUUCCUCCACCGGUGCAUGUGGACUACAGAGCGGCCUGCUUCUGUCAUCGUAACCUUAUUGAGAUCGGCUAUGUCUGCUCAGUGUGCUUGUCAAUAUUCUGCAACUUCAGUCCUAUCUGCACAACAUGCGAGACUGCUUUUAAGAUUCCAUUACCACAGAUGAUGAAACCGAAGAAGAAGAAACUUAAAGCUGCAAACUGAUUCCACUGAACUCUAAUAUUAAUGUGUAUUGCUGUUUUAUUUUGAUGUGAAUAUUUUCAUAGUACUGAAACAAAACUCAUCCUGAAAGUAUGUUUCAGACAUUUUCAAGUUUUAUCUGUUAAAUUUGAAAACGGAAAAUAAUCGGAAGCCAGUGAACUGCUUCUGGCUCACACUUUUGUACUGUAAAUAGUAAAUAAAGUUUGUAUCUUUAUUGUUA